AUGAGGGCCUCAACAUGGUUCCGCAACAUCUCAAAUAAGCACAACAUGAUUCCCCAAGACGAAGAGAAAGAUACGGAAAGACUCCUCAAGAGUGACCUUGAUCAAUUGUCUGACGUUUUUAUCGCGGGCUCUCAGCGCAAUGAUCCAUCUCUUUUCUGGUCCAGACUGGCGACCAAUCUUCUCUUUCUGUUAUUAUUGACCUAUACAAGAGGUUCACAAUGUUUUGGCACUUAUGAGAAAGGUUUCGAUACUGACCUCGCUGUUGCCAAGGGGGAGAUCGAAUUGCAAAAAGUUCUCUUCACUGGAGGCAUACAUUUUAAUGCUGAUGGAAGUGUUUAUAUCCAAGACGCCUCUGGACCAAAAUAUGUGGGGAUUCCCGAGCCUGCCAUUGAUAAGGCAUGGGAUGAGUUACUGAAGGAAAGCGCCCCCUUUAUAUCCAGGUCAAAUCGUGAAUUUAGACGGGUCUCAGGUCCCAGAUAUCAAGGACAGGACCUAUUUCAAUCCACAGUACCAGGCCUACGAGACUGGACUGGAUGUUUUCCAUCAACUUCAUUGCAUAGUAUGGCUCCUUUGGCGAUCUAA